CAAGCUCUGCUGCUGCUCGGCUCGGCUCGGCUCAGCUCAGCGAGCUGGUGUUAUUUUAAACCAGACACCAUCAUGGCAGCAGCACGGAGCAGCCCCACGCAGCUCCGCGAGGACCCACCCUCCUACAACCCGUGAAAACAAACAAACAAACGCUUCUGUCUGUGGAGAACCAGACUCUGUGGGGUUUUUCCCCCGUCGUCGAGCCUCAGAUGUCGCUCCCGGUGGUGCUGCCGGGGUCUUGCUGUCCGGUUCUCGGAGGUCCGCAGCUCUCUGAGCCGUCUUUCCGAAACCGACCCCGCGGUUUAUCUGCCGCCUCUUCCCGGAUAACCGGCGGCUCCGGCGGCGCCUCUCGGCUGCUGCUGCCCGGCCGGCCGCUGCUCUCGCUGGGCUUGUUGCAGCUGCUGCUCGGCGGCUCUAUGGUGGCGCUGUGCUUCGGAGCUCUGUCCCUCAGCAACUCACCACCCAUCCGAAACUCAUGUCCCUUCUGGGCUGGAUCCUCGGUCAUUCUGUCUGGCAUCGUAGGCCUCACAACAUGGAGAAGGCCCAUGCUGUUACUGGUCAAUAUGUUUGUCCUGCUGUCUGUGGUGUGUGUGCUCCUUAAUCUGGCUGGAUUCAUCCUUUGCUGCCAGGGAGCCCAGCUGGUUUCCAGUAUGACCAGCUGCCAACUGAGUGAGGCUGGAGAUGUGUGUUACUGCUGCUCCCUCUCACCCAGCUCCAAAUGUCCCGAGGAGAAGCUGCUGGAGCUCCACCCUGCCCACUCCUGCAGCACCAUGAGGAUCCUGCUCAAGAAAGUGUUGUUUGCACUGUGUGCCCUGAACGCUCUCACCACAGCCGUGUGCCUUAUGGCAGCUGCCCUGAGAUACCUGCAGAUCUUCACCGCAAGAACACCCUGCAUGGACGAGCACAGGGCCACAGUGGAAGAAAGGGAGGAUCCUGCUCAGGUCCCAGACCCUGAUGAGUUUGUGGCCCCAGCCCCUCCCCCCUCCUACUUCUCCACUUUCUACUCCUACACACCUCGCCUGGCUCGCCGGAUCCUUGGGGACAGUGUGAUCCCUCUCCCUCAUAUCUACGGGGCUCGGAUCAAAGGGGUGGAGGUCUUCUGUCCUCUGGACCCCCCACCUCCAUAUGAGGUUGUCGCUGGAAGCUCCACCGACGCAGUCACACAGGAGACAGAGAUUGCUUUGACAGAGUUGACUACGAACCCGACUGACUCUCCACCAGGAGCCUCCGUUCGAGACGGCAGUUCCCAAAUGGCAUCGGCAUCACCAGGCGUCCUUCCGCAAGCCAAGCCUCAGCUCCAACCCCAGCUCCAGCGUCAGUCCCAGCCCCAGCUCCAGCCCCAGCCUCCUCCUCAGCAGCAGCAGCAGCAGCAGCAGCCCACUGCAGCACUGACCACCAGGAGGAAAGCGAGGAUCCACCGCUCCAACAGUGACCCCGUGUUGAUGGACCUCGCUGCUAAAGUGCUGAACAGCAGCGACGCUCCCCUCGCUCCCUCUCCUCAGACCACAGAUUCUUCCACCCAGACCUCCCAGCCCACGCUGGCUGCCUACACCCAGGGCCAGGUCACACUGCGACGGGGCAACACCGACAGCAGGACGCCCCGCCGGCCCCGGCCCUCCUCCAUGGUGGACUACCAGAGCUACCGGCACACACAGCAGCUGGUCAGGAAAAUCCUGGAGCAGCCGGCCGCCCAGGGCCUGGCCCCCGAGGUCCAGGAGCUGGUGGACAGCAUACGGAAUGUCCUGCAGUCAGAUCAGGAGCACAUGGAGGAGGCGGUACGCUGCGCCAGUUACAUAGAACAGGUGUUCACUGACUCCGAGAUGGGUCCCAGUCAGCCUAAACCUCCCCAGCAGCCGGCAGCCAGUUACUCCCAGACUUUCCCUCGCCCCCCCAGGAGAAGGCCCGGUCUGCUGCACCUGCAGAGCUGCGGGGACCUCAGCUCCUUCACCUGUGCCGCACUCCAGUCUGAGGAACAUCGAGGAAACAGUAGAAGAGUGGGGUCGAGGGCGGGCUCUAGAGGGGGUUCAAGGUCAGGGUCAAGGACAGGGUCCCGUCUGGAUCAUCCCGAACGCCCUCACAGUCUGAUCGGAGUCUUUAGAGAGACGGUGCUGUGAGGGGAAAACCAAUCGUAUUGAAAUUAUGUUGGAUGGCAACACAGCUGGAUGCUGUUGCUAAACUUUGAGAGAAAACUGUUAUAAUCCAACCAAGUUGGAAGUGUGUGUGUGUGUGUGUGUGCGCAGAUGAGUGUGUAUGAGUGCAGUUUUUAAACAAAAAAAACAACCUUUUUGCUCUGCUGAUACUGUUUUUGUGACAAUUUAUUUGUGAAAUCAACAAAAUGUGGGCACCUUAUAUUGAAAGAUAGUACCCAGCAUUCAAAGUUUUGUAUGCUUUGAGAUUUUAAUAUUGUAAUAUGUUUGCAUUUGUUCCAGUCAACUCAAUAAUACGACGGCAUAUUAGGGCCAUUGUAGCCGGGGGAGGUAAUAUUACAAGAAAGAACUCAGAAUUGCAAUCGGCGGCUCAUAUUACUGUCGGUGGCAUAUGUGGUGUGCUGAGGUUGAUCCAACCUUGCAAAGUGAAGCGAUGUGGUUCCUAAACAAACACGCCCACUAUUUUUCAUUACCACAGCUUUGCACUGCACUGUUUUUCCUCGUUUGUUUUUUUUAUCGUAAAUUUACGACUUUAUAAUCUCGUAAAUUUGUGAGUUUUUUUCUCGUAAAUUUGCCACUUUAAUCUCAGGUUAUCAAAGUUUUCUUCUCGGAAUAUUACCCCCCCUCCUCCCCCGGCUCCGUCAUCAUUAUUUUUUUUUACCUACAAUGGCCCUAAUAGGCCAUCGUACAAUACAAUAGUGUCAUGGUGUUAUUUAAUGGUCAGAUGCAUCAGCGUUUCAGAUAUUGAUAAAACAGUAAUGCUUUAUUUUAUGGGUCCAUAAUUUCUUCAUCAUUCCUAACAAGUUCCUUGGAAAGAAAUGUGGUACUAAUUAUGGGGAAAAUGGGAAUGUACUUAAUUUUAAAUCUUUUCAUGUUCAGCUGAUAUCAAUUAAUUAUAAUUUAAGUGUACCACUUGAACCACUUUAUACCUUUUAUAUUUAGUACCAAGUUGUACAGUUCUUUCCAGGAAACUUAUUGGAAAUGAUUUGAAAAUUACAGACCAUUUAAUAAAGUAUUCCUAUAGAUAGUCACAGCUCACCUGGGUAGCUGGCUUGCCAGUUAGCAAACAACAAAGCUUUGGUUGUGAAAGUUAUUAUGUGAAAGAUCCACACAGAUUUAUCCAGCCACUGCAAGUGAAUUGUGGUUCUUCUUCCAAUGCAAUGAAUUGACUUUGGUACAAAAAGUUUGUGUUCUUAACGGUGGUGUGUGUGUGUGUGCACACAUCAUGUGGAGGUAGUGUUGGCAAAAGAUUCCUGUGUUGACAAUGACCGUUUCUGUCCCUGUUAAAUAAAGCCCUAAUAAAUUUGCUUUAAUUACCUUGAACACA